ACAACAGGGUAGCGUGAAACAGCGCAAGGUCAAUACUGGCUACCCUAUUGCUUAGACUUUGGAGACAGGCAUGUCUCGAGCUGGUAAAAGUAUCCUUGAACUACAACAACUGACAUGAUGGGCUCCAACAUCUUGUUAUAAUUGCAUUGUAUCAUGUUUACAUGUUGAUAUCGAGUCAAUACUGUGACUGAACAGAACCCCCGCGACUCAAAGACCGAGAACAUGCAGCCCCGCCACAUUGCGUAAAAGACGCAACACAAGCUUGUCACCGUCUUGGUGGUGAAGCUUCUAGCUCAAUUAAGGUGACUCCGGUAUAAGUGGGCAAAGCAUUGGAUACGUAAAUAGGAAAUUAAAGCAUUGUCAUGGAGAUAGAGGCCGAAGCAUAUCGAAAGACGAGAAACAACACACGUUUGCAAAGGAUUGGAUUCAUACGAGAACUAACUGUAGCGAGGACUCGAAACCGUACGACUCGUUUGUGAUCGGUGAACAAGGCGAACCGAGCUUUCAAUAUGUCGAGGGACGUGCAUUGGCGGCGGCGGCGGCAGCCGUUAACGACGAAACCAAGAUAGACGCACAUCAUGGGCUGGCAAUGUGAGAAUGGAUAAUAUGGCGGCAAUUAGGGGAAAAAUAAGAAACAGAUCAGGCAACAAAGGCAAAGAUCAAGCCAGGGAUUGCAUUGUAACUUUGCGGCGUAAAACUUACAGAUCUCAUCGUAGGCCAAGAUGAUGAGGCGUUCAUGUCCACUAUAACCGGAGGCUCCGGAGAGAGAUGGGAUUGUGUGAAAACAUCUGAUCGACAAGUGACGCAUUUCUUGGAGGCGGCGAUGUAAUUGUCGAAUUGCUAUCUAUCACGGAGAGUUGCACGGUAGAAUGCGGUGCCUUAUUCGGCGGCACCUACAAAAAUAUCAAGGAUGGACGGGCGAUGGAAUCAACAGAGGUGGCACCUCAUGGAGGGGCAGAAAAGAUACAUGGUUUUGAGAGGGAGGGGCAUAUUGCAGGUAGGUAGCUUUUCAGGGCAUCACCCCACCACGAAGCUCUCGUCAGUGGUGGGGUCUGAGACAUGAUGAAGUUGAGCGAGCAGUAGGACGUCAAGUAAAGAUGGUGACAGAGUUCCUAUCUAUAGUAUUAUGGAUAUGGAUUUGUAAGUCCAGAGUAAGGAUGUAAUGCCUUAACUAAGAAGUAAGAGUCAUACCCAGGAACAAGGCCGUGAAUUGGUCAUGAUGGCCUUGACUGAGCUAACGUUAGUGAGUGAGAGAAAAAAAAAAGAGCUCCCACCCUCUCAUCCGAUAUUGAAUGUUCCAUUGGCCCCUGCUGUUAUGAUACACUAUGCAUACUCACUACUGUACCCCCCGGGCAACAGGGGUGUAUGUUCGUGGGAUGAUGAUGUGGUGUCGGUGGUCUAAAGUGGGUUGCUAAUGGUAGAGCAGAGCAUAUUCUGAUGAGAGAGUAGAGUAUGAGUGAAUAAGGUAAUCCAAUGUCCGGGAAUUCAUAUAUGUACCUGUACUCCCACUCCUGCUGCUCUUCUCUUCUCUUUCCUUUCAUUCUCAUCAUCCUCAGCAUCAUCGCAACAACUUCCACUACAAACCUCUUGGUAUGUGAACAAUUUACCCCUCCAUCUCCAGCACCACCACCCAUCAGCGUCAUAACAUGAUGAUGAUGCAUUGCUUUGCCUCAACUUCUCCUCUUGCCUCUCCACCAGCAAACAGAUUGUCAUGUCAUAUCAUGUCUGCAUUCGAUCCAACAUAAUGAGAAGACGAUACGACGACACGUCAAUCGAUAUGGGUGAUGGAUUGGUUGGCAUUGGCAUGGAUGGCACGGCAUGGCAUUGGUGUUGCUAUAGAGAGGGGACAGACGGGAGGGAGAGGGACGAAGCCCCUUCCGGGGCAUUGAGCUCUGUAAUUCAGAGCUCUACUCUCUGUCUCUUGUCCCUCUCCCUCUCUCUCUCUCUAGUCUCAUCUGCUUGCCCCUCCUUUGCACCGACGUUCCAAUUCCAAUUCCAGUCCACACCCACUUUCACUUGCUCUUUCCCUGUGGCAACCUUCCUCAGCAAAAAAAGCUUCCGUUCCACUCAACCUCCGUCAUACAGAUAUAAAUUACCCCACCCCCUCACCUCAACCUUUACCUCAGCUCUUCUCUUGCUUUUUUCUUCUCUCCAUCUUACUUCAUCUAUCUUCAUCCUAAGGAUAUCUCAUCUGACUUUCUUUCCUCAACAGAAACUACCAUUUCUUCUACAAUAAUCAAAAUGGCUCCCAUCAAGGUCGGCAUCAACGGUUUCGGUCGUAUCGGCCGCAUCGUCUUCCGCAACGCCGUCGAGCACCCCGACAUCGAGGUUGUUGCUGUCAACGAUCCUUUCAUUGAGCCUCACUACGCCGUCUACAUGCUCAAGUACGACUCUUCCCACGGUAUCUUCAAGGGUGAGGUCGGCAACGAUGGCAACGACCUUGUCGUCAACGGCAAGACUGUCAAGUUCUACUCUGAGCGCGACCCCGCCAACAUCAAGUGGUCCGAGACCGGCGCCGACUACGUCGUCGAGUCUACUGGUGUCUUCACCACCACUGACAAGGCCAAGGCCCAUCUUGCUGGUGGCGCCAAGAAGGUCAUCAUCUCUGCCCCCUCUGCCGAUGCUCCCAUGUACGUCGUCGGUGUCAACGAGAACAAGUACGACGGCUCUGCCGACAUCAUCUCCAACGCCUCUUGCACCACCAACUGCCUGGCCCCCCUCGCCAAGGUCAUCAACGACAAGUUUGGUAUCGUUGAGGGCCUCAUGACCACCGUCCACUCCUACACUGCUACCCAGAAGACCGUCGAUGGUCCCUCCGCCAAGGACUGGCGAGGUGGCCGUGGCGCUGCCCAGAACAUCAUCCCCUCCAGCACUGGUGCCGCCAAGGCUGUCGGCAAGGUCAUUCCUGAGCUCAACGGCAAGCUCACUGGCAUGUCCAUGCGUGUCCCUACCGCCAACGUUUCCGUUGUCGAUCUUACUGUCCGCCUCGAGAAGGGUGCUUCUUACGACCAGAUCAAGAAGGUCAUCAAGGAGGCCGCUGAGGGUGACCUCAAGGGCGUUCUGGCAUACACUGAGGACGAUGUUGUCUCCUCCGAUCUCAACGGCAACACCAACUCCUCCAUCUUCGAUGCCAAGGCCGGUAUCUCUCUCAACGACAACUUCGUCAAGCUGGUGUCCUGGUACGACAACGAGUGGGGUUACUCCCGCCGUGUCCUCGACCUCCUGGCCCACGUUGCCAAGGUCGAUGCCUCCAAGUAAGCGUAGAGCGCUCAAGAGGCUGGAAGCAAAACCAAACCUAAUCAGACGCGACAUGAUGACGAUGCCAAUCUGUCGCGUGUUUUAAUGAAGCAAAGAAAUGAAAGGAAGUAAAAAUACCAAAAUUAAGGGAGAUUGUCGGAGGGGAUGACAACGACUUUGUUCUCAUCGGCUCCAGUUCCCUACUAGACAAUUGAUCUUAGUAUAGCCGUGGACAGAAAAAAAAUAUAGAUCCAUCCCUCUUGAAAACGGUUCAUGUCUAUCUGUGAUGUAAUUUUUGCUCAUGGCCAGCUUGGUGAAUCAAGCUAUAUAAGUCUCUUCGCGGUAUUUAUCUCAAGAUUGCUAACUCAUCAACACUGUCAGUUAAGCCAGAAUUUCCUGUAACUACAACGUGGUUAAAUCCAUCAUCUCAAGUCGAGCAUCUCACACGACGAUCACACGUCCACGGCAUGCAACACGUAUGCCAGCAUCUGGAUAUUUCAUGAUAUCAGCUUACGUGGUUUUUUCUAGCAUCGAUCUCGAUAGUGUGAGCUCUAUGCAUUAAGCUAUUUGAUACAAGUCCUGUAUUUUCGCUCCAUGCUGGUGCAUGCACGCAUUUAUGUAUGAAUGCAUGUGUAUGCAC